GCGAAAGUGUAUUCGAAUUUGAGAGAGGCCGAUCUUUACUCAUCAGAGGGACGGACGAAUAAAACGAGCACCUUCGAGACGGAGCUUUUGAAAAGUCGUUUAUUAGAACUUGAGAAGGAAAUAGACAUAUUUCGAAGGGAAAGCUCGGCCUUGCUGCUUCAGCGUCGAAAGCUACAGGAGGAGGAGACAAUUUUACGUAAACAAUAUGCAGAGAAAGAGAAGAAUUUCGAAGAGAAUAGGAGAAGAGUGCAAAACCAAUUGGAAGAGGAGAAGAAGAGAGUGGCGCGUGAGAAGGCAGCGAUGGAAAGUAGGAUUCGCGAUGCUCAGGAGAAGGCGAGGCAAAGUAAAACCGAUAGGCAAAAGGCGCAGGCUCUGCGAGAAGAAUUGGAACAACUGAGAGACGAGCUGAACAUCAAGGAGAGCAGGUGGAGCGCCGCUGAAUCAAGGUACAAAAGCGAGCUUCGUGUGUUGCGAGUGGAAAUUUCCAAGUUGAAGCAAGAAAUCGCGAAUUUGCAGAAUAUUAAAAAAACGAACGUUAGAAAUCUUAGGAAAAACACCGGGCAAGUAAUUACGAAGGCUAUCAAUCAAAUCAACAGACGCGUCUACGUGGCUCCGUCCAAAGAACCCCCUCCGAAGAUUUGUCAAGAUUUGUCGGAUACUUCGUCCGAUACUUCCGUCCGUGACAUUGACGACGAGGAUGAGGACAAAAGUGGAAACAAGUCGAUCGUGAAAGCAAUUAAUGUGAACGAUGGCUUUGGACAAAUAGAGGAUGAUGCAUCCGUGAACAAAGUAAGGCAUAAACAAGUUGAGAUUGAAUCGCAGCCUAAGGGCAAUCAGAAACUCCCGGAAGGGAACGUUGUGGAAAAGAAGCGAUAUUUAUACGAAAAUUUAUUGAAAGACGCAACAUCGGAUUUGAUGGAGAAUGAAAAUCCGUCUUGUACAAAGCAGGGCAUGUUGAACGAUCCUCAGCCGAUAAUUACGCAAAUGCAGAAUGCAAAGAGCAAUGAUAGAUCCCAUUCCAGUUCUACGAACAAAGAUUUCGAGCGUGCAGCUUACGUUGCGAUUAAUACGGAGCAUUAUGCUAACAGGUCACGCGAAGUAAAUCAGGAUUCGGAUAAAAACGACGCGGAAAUGGAAAUGGAAAAGAGAAAAGGUCGAAUGUCGCCUGAGAAGAAUUUAAAUUCUACGUUGCACGCCACCUCCUUUCACAGUCAGAUUAGCAAGGCGAGUACGGACGCCGUGGAACAGAUUCAGUUUCCCGACGGACGCAUAGAAUACUGGUAUCCGAACGGCAAUGUCAAGAAGAUCUUUCCCGAUCAAGAAGUUACAAAGAUGAUUUAUUACAACGGGGACGUUCGCGAGACCGACAAGAAUAGGAGAGUAAAAUACUUUUAUGCCGCGACUCGAACGUGGCACACAACAACUCCCGAUGGCUUGGAGAUCUUAGAAUUUCCCGACGGUCAAGUGGAAAAGCGUAUGCCCGAUGGAACCGUCGAAGUGUUGUUCCCGGAUGGGACGGUGGCGCAAACUUUUAUCAACGGCGACAAGAUUCUGACAUUACCGAAUGGCCAGAAAGAAAUUCACACAAAAGAGCAUAAGAGACGAGAAUAUCCUGAUGGCACUGUAAAGCUAGUUUACACAGACGGUACCCAAGAAACUCGUUAUUCUAGUGGAAGAAAACGAUUGAAAGAUAAAGAUGGUAAUCUCUUGAUGGAUUCGUACGAUGUAUAAGUCUUUCCAAGAUUAUUAUUAUUAUUUUUUUUAAUGAAACAAUAGAAACGAAGAUAUAUAUAUAUGUAAGCGUAAAAGCAUAUACGAUGUUAUGUUAAUUUAUCUCGUAAUUGUAAAUAACGAUUGAUAUUGUAUAGUAAUUAUUUUUAUAAGAAUUUGAAACUUAAUGCUGAUCUUUUUCAUUAUAACAAGCGAAUAAAUAAAGACGGAGAGCUUUUCAUAAAUAUGGAAUAUUCCGUUAAACUCCGCCAGCUAAAGUAACUUCUUGUUUUUUUUUUUUAAUGAAUAUUACGCACCUUGUAAAUUACUGAUAUACGACUUACGUCGCUAAUUGUAAAUUAUUAAU